UUGGAGCUUGCUACGCCUCCUUCUUCGUUCCUAAUUCUUACAGAGAAAUGCCGCUUUCACCAGCCCCUCAAGUCAUCACCUGCAAAGCUGCGGUGGCAUGGGGACCUGGAGAGCCAUUGGUAGUAGAGGAAGUUGAAGUGAACCCUCCCCAACCUUCGGAGAUUCGGAUUAAAGUUGUCUCCACCUCUCUCUGUCGCAGCGAUAUCUCCGCUUGGGAAUCCCAAACCUUAUUUCCUCGAAUAUUUGGCCAUGAAGCGUCAGGGAUUGUUGAGAGCGUGGGCGAGGGAGUGACUGAAUUCAAGGAGGGAGACCAUGUGCUGACUGUCUUCAUUGGAGAAUGCAUGACAUGCAGGCUGUGCAGAUCUGGGAAAACAAACGUAUGUCAAGUUCUGGGAUUGGAAAGAAGAGGUUUAAUGCAUAGUGAUCAGAAAACACGUUUCUCAGUAAAAGGGAAGCCUGUUUAUCACUAUUGUGCUGUCUCAAGUUUCAGUGAAUAUACAGUGGUGCAUUCUGGGUGUGCAGUCAAAGUCAGCUCCAAUGCUCCUCUUGAGAAAAUAUGCCUUUUGAGCUGUGGUGUUGCUGCAGGUCUGGGCGCUGCAUGGAAUGUUGCUAAUAUAUCAGAAGGAUCAACAGUAGUGAUAUUUGGACUGGGAACUGUUGGCCUUUCUGUUGCGCAAGGUGCUAAACUUAGGGGGGCAUCUCGAAUAAUUGGUGUGGACAACAACCCUCAGAAGUGUGAAAAUGCUAAAGCUUUUGGAGUUACAGAAGUUGUUAACCCAAAUUCCUUUGAUGAACCUAUCGCACAGGUUAUUAAGCGCAUGUCCAAUGGUGGAGCUGAUUUCUCUUUUGAAUGCGUCGGUGAUACUGAUAUGAUAACCACUGCAUUGCAGUCAUGCUGUGAUGGAUGGGGUUUGACUGUUACCCUUGGUGUGCCAAAAGUGAAGCCUGAGAUGUCAGCUCACUAUGCACUGUUAUUAAUGGGAAGAACAUUGAAAGGAUCUUUGUAUGGAGGAUGGAAACCCAAAUCUGAUUUGCCUUCAUUAGUUGAGAAGUAUGUGAAUAAGGAGAUCGAGAUUGACGAUUACAUAACGCACGAUUUGCCAUUUGACGAAAUUAACAAAGCUUUCAAUCUCAUGAGGGAAGGAAAGUGUCUGCGCUGUGUUAUCCACAUGCCCAGGUAAAUCCUGUGGCUUCUUGUUUUCUUGAAUUAAAAGCAAAAAAUGGAAUAUCAUUGGAGAAGACAACGAACUUGUCUGCAAGAGUUAUUUGUACGGACAACAUUGUUCAUGGUUUGUCGUCAAUGUCUUCAAGAACCCAACAUCAUGCUGCCGUUACUAUGUUGAAUUCCUGCGGCCAAGUAGGCUUUCUACCAAGUGAAAUGUUUCUUCCCAUGGCAUUAGAACUGGAAAUAAGUGACUGGGACCUAAGAGGUGAGCUCUAGGAUCUUUCUGUUUUGAAGGCUUAUGAAUGAGAGCCAAUUAAUGAACACUUAUUUUCGUGCGCGUGAAAAAUUGACUAAUUGUUAAUGUUUUGUGGAUGUAAGGUUUCGUUUUUAAUACGUUUGAGUAUUAAUCACUGAACUAUGAGGAA